UCUGUUGCUUUAUUCUUUUGUGGUAUUUAACAAUUCAUCUUUCAGUAAUGUUUGUUUUAUUUAGAGUGUGGAAUUACUGUAAGAAAAGUCUAUCAAUGUGAUAAUUGCUAUUCUAUAUUAAUACGAUUAUGGCUUUUGGACACAAGUGUAUAGAUGCUUUUAUUUUUGUUUUCAGACUGUAUAUGCCUGUAAAUCCACGAAAAAACUUGGGCUGGUUAUCAAAAGAACGACAACAAAAAGUCCACAACAACAAAAAAAAAUCCGCGGAUGCCUAACCGGAUUACGCGGGGUUCAAAUUGUAUUCACUUAACAUUUUUUUUCAUGUCCUCUUAAAAAGCCAUUCGAGGGACCAUCCAUCCGAUUUGAGCUGCAUGGAUGCCGGGCUGGAACUUCUCAGACGAGCCCUCAUGAUGAUGGGCUGCAGAGCCAGAGAGCAGCGCGCAUGCGCGGUGCAUCCAGGGGCUCGGCGGCGUUCGGUGCUGAAGUGGGGCGGAUGGACGGAAAAACGGCGCCGAUGGACGUUCUGCGGCCAAAUCGCCAUUAACGAUGCCCUUCGAGAGAGGUCGGGACAUCGUCGCGUGGGCACCCACCACCCUGGGACACUGACAGUCCGACACAAAGCGAUGCUGUACUUUCAAGUCCGCAAACGACCCAUUCGCUGAGAUUGGAGGGUUAGCCGGCAGGAGAAAACCAAAGGAGCGGUCGUGAACUGAAGGAGCAUUUCGGUGACUGUCUCGGGUCAGGGAUGGUGAAACCACUCACCGCUGCUGCUGUUGGUAAAAAAGGACCACCUCGCCUUGCCCUGAACCUCCCACCAGCUACCAAGGCAGUCCAUUAGCCAAUCUCAGACGCUCUGCUGAGCGGCCUCGCUAUUGUCCGGCAACCGAUUACCUCACGCCAUGACUACUCUGUCUGACCUGCUUUCAAGUACUCACUAAUUCAUGCCCCGGAGUGUGAGUGGAGUGGAGAUGAGAAAAAGGCAGGCGGCGCACAUCGAGGCCCCACCACAGGUCCCCGGACAGCCCCGACCCAACACCUGCUGUCUCUGCUGGUGCGGCUGCUGCAAGUGUCUCUGGAAUGAAGACAGGAUGGAGAGAAGCGAACGCCAGACCUGUACCAAGAUGGACAGUAUAGAAGCUGCAGAAGAACACGUUUCCCACCGCCACCGCAGACACCCCAGUCUCGACGAGGUGCUCUCAUGGUCUCGGAGCUUUGAGAUGAUGCUGCGCUCGCUGGAGGGUCGGGAGAUCUUCCGGGAGUUCCUGAGGUCAGAGUACAGCGAGGACAACCUCCUAUUUUGGUUGGCCUGUGACGAGCUGAAGAAGGAGACGGACCCCUCGGUGGUGGACGAGAAAGCCAGGAUCAUAUACGAAGACUACGUGUCCAUACUGUCGCCGAAAGAGGUGAGUCUGGACUCGCGGGUACGCGAGGGCAUCAACCAGAGCCUGGCCGAGCCCAGCAGCCUGAUGUACGAGGAGGCGCAGCUCCAAAUCUACACGCUGAUGCACCGAGACUCCUUCCCCCGCUUUCUCAACUCCACCGUUUACAGAGACCUCCUCGCCAACAGGAGGCGCACCUGCCUCGACACCUAAAGUCCCCCACCUCACUCACCCUCGAUGCCCUCCAUCGAGACGACUACGUCAACUAUGGUGCCAGAAGUCCGGUUUGGAAAAACAAACUCUUUCUUGAUUGCAAAAAGACUGAAUGACAUCCAAGCUGGUUAUUGUUCUUAUUUAUAUUUUUCAAGCAAUUUCUAGCCAGUGACGUGAGUUUGCUGGUUGUUUUUAGGUCAAAUUUGACGAGGCCGCCUUCGCCGGCCGCUGAUUGUUUUCGCGAGUCCAGAUGUCUUGAUGGUCACGUUAGACCGUGGACUCCUCAGGACCAGGAAGUAAGAGCGAGAACGUGAGAGAGAGAGAGAAUGGACAGGCCAAUGAUUCCUGUACUGUAAUAAUGACACCUCACUUUUCAUUUCUAACCCCAUUUUUCUCCCCAUAUCAUUCUGAGCUAAUGAGAUGAAGGCCGUCUUACGCCGACGACUGCAACUUUUUGUUUGUUUGCUUUUCUUUAUUUUAUUUUUUAAAAGAUUUUUCUUUCAAAAUAGGCUUUCCGGCAAGGGAAAACAAGCAUUUAUUUUAAAUUUUUUUGGAGAGGGGAGGCAUCCACAUUGAAGAAGCAGAAACCGUCCAUGUUUCCAUCCCUCCAUUCGAGCACUUUCCUUCUUAACAUGUGAGAAGUAAGGGCUAGACUUGUGGUUGGGCAGCUACAUGUAACUCAACAAUGCCUUCACAUGUGUUUUGACAAGACAAAAAAAAAAAAAACAAAAGGCAGCGAGUGGCGCUCCUGUAGGUCCUCCAACUCCGCCGUGCCCCCUUAGAAAGCAACCACAGUUAAUCCCGACCAUCCCGUUAUUUCCCCCCCACCUCCUCCUGCUUCCCAUUCGUACUCUCAUAGCCUGACAAGCACAGGUCAAAAAAUAAAUUAUAAUAAUAACACAGCGGUAGUCGUCUUCUACAUUGAGGCACUGACGCGGUUGGGAUAACAAACCCCCUGGCCUUUUUCUGUGAGGUGUAGCCGGUGCCAAAUAUGAUGUCAACAGCGCCGAGGAGGACAGAACUCGUUCUAGCCACUAGCCAGCAAAAUUUUUGUUAGCGACAAUGCUAACACUUCCCCUCGGGCGCGAGAGCCGCUUGCUAGAUUAGCAUGCCUUUGCGCUAUACUGUACACUCUCUCUUUGGUCUACUUUUCUAACAAAAACAAAAAAAAACAAAAGAGUAAUAAUAGUAAUAAUUUAAAAAAAAAUUGAAUGCAUGAUAAUGUGUCGCUUUAAAGAAGUUAGAGGACAAAAUGGAGGGGCGGGGUCUUGCCAAAUGUCCCGGUAACUAAUUUUUUUCUGCCCGCCCGGCCUGUUGAUAUGCAGUAGAAAGUGCAUGACUGAAGUAUUAUGCUCUACUUUUUUUUUUUCUUGUCGAAUUAACAUCAAUUAUAUUGAUGUCCAGAUAGAUGACGAUAUAUCUAUCAGGUCCUAAAGUGUUAGCGAAAACUGUGACACUACUCGUUGAGGACUCGUGGGAGGAGUCAAUGUUGCCGUCUGUGUAUCGAACUACCAGACGUUGGGCGUGCCAAGUUUUGGUGGAGAGCCAUUUUGAGAGCAAGCUAGUCAAAAAAAAAAGAAAAAAAAUUGAAAAUUGGGUGUACUGUACUGUAGUUACCCUUGUUAGCCUUUGUGUCUCUACCUUGCUCGGCUGGAUUUUAAACUGCCGAAAUGACUCCAAAUUAGAGAUGGGCACGAAAUGUCCAUGAUCCACUUUCAAGCUAAUUGAGUAACUUUUUUAAAUAUUAGUCAUGGGACAGGAGAAUUGCUCUGUGAAUGUUCUGAACGCCUGCUUCCAUGACUGUCGUUUUGAGCAAAGUUCUGAGUGGUUGUAAGUGACGUCACGACUUUAUUGUUCACUUUCUUUAGACGGCAAAGUAGUUGCGAGGGAAUAUAAAUCUCCUCUGCCGGACACGAUUUUCCAAGUCCGCACCACCCUAAUGAUCAGUGCACGGAUUAUGUCCAUCGUGACUAAAAAUCUGUUUAUUUGAUGAAUUGCAGUGGAACCUCCAAAAGUGGAACUAUUUAGAGUUCAACCCUCCUGGAAAUACAAAAAAAAAAUAAUAUUCCGCAAAAGUCAGAGUAUAUGUUUUGUUAUGGCAAUAGAUGUGAUUUUUUUUUAAUCACUUUAUUUUUUUUAAUUGAGUCGACGAUGCACAAUGUUAAAUUUGAGCUGUUAACACCAAGUGUGUUUUUCUUUUUCUUGAGCUUUUUCUAUUUGACAGACUUUUUCAAUUCCGGCACUUCCUUUUAAACUCGGUGAUGGUAUCGCUCUGCCGCUAACUUUCUGCUGUGUCAGCCUUCAAAGGGUGAGUAAUUUUACUUUAUUUUAGUUGUCUUUUGUAACGGUUAACUUCUUUUGUAUCACAGUUAGAAUUUGAAAUUGUUCCUUCCAUCAUAGACCGAAAGUUCUUUUCGGUAUGGAAUAAAUUACGUUCUUUGGAAAAUUGCUUUCAGCGAAUUGAGUUUCUCGUCGGAGGUUCCGCUGUACAUUCAAAUGUAGUCGGUGAAUUUUAUCAAUCGAGCGGGGUCAAUCGAAAUAUUGUUUUUUGAGAGGAAAAAAAAAAGCCUUUUUUUGUUUUGUUUCGUUUUGAAUCUAGGUUCAGUGAAGACAAAGGUCUGGCCUAUACAAGUUCGUCUAAAGAACUAGUACAUAUUAUUUAUCCCCUGUCAGUACAUGCAGGCGGCCACAUUAGUGACAUUCGCUGUGCAUGCAAGCGCCCAGUUGAAUCACAAUAUAUAUAUAUUUUUUCCAUUUUUAGGAAAACAAGUUUUUUGCCGAAUCUUUAAAACGCAAGUUAACACUAGAAUGUUUCACCACUAAGCAUAUAAACAAAUAAAAAUAAAUAAACGUCAUGGUGCAAUGAAAAUCAAGUUUACAUUUAUAAAGAGACAGUGAGUUUAUGCGCUUGGUGGCGCCGUGUUUAAAACAUUUGGGAGAUGAGCAGGAAGGUUCUAUACUUGGGAGAGAUGUACUGGGAGCACUGCGCGUCCGGCGUUUUCCCGCCCGGUGUCCUUUUUGCCUAACCACCCCCCCCUUUACCCCCAAAUUUAAUUUAUUGCGACUCUUACACAGUCAAGGCGCUUGUUUGGUGUUGAAUAACUGUGGAUUUUAUAAGCAAUGAACAUGUGAAGUCAUGCGACGGUGGCGGUGCUCUGCCAUUUCCACUUAUUUUUUUUUUUUCCCCCCUUUUUAAGAACUAAAGUGUCCUGACAGGACGGGGGGGGGGGGGUUGCGAAGCUUUGGCCUUAUUGACACAUUUAUUAUGAUCAUCAUUCUUCUUAUUCUUUUUCUUCUUCUUAUUAUCAUCUCCUUGGAUGAAAACAAACAACAACCCUGUAGGCUUUUCACUACCUCUCAUGUGGUUAACUUAUUUCACAUCUAGUUGUCAGGGGUUUUUUUUGUUGUCAUUUUUGGUUGUUUUUUUUUUUUUUUUUGUAGAUCUACUUGAAGCCUAACACUGUAAACUAUAAAAUGUGCACAGACAAAAAUGUAUCAGAGCGGCAGCGUGUGGGGGCAGGAGUGUAUUCAAGAGAGUUUAGCCUCGACAUUUUGUUGUUGUUGAUUUUGCUUUUUUUUUUCUGUCUUUGUUUUGAUUUUGAACUAGAUUUUUUUUUUUUUUUGCAUCUAUAUAAUAAUUCAGGAAACCACUGUCUAAGGGCUAAUCCCAUUUUUGCCUAUGCAAAUGUGUUGCUGGGAAAAGGGCGAGGUUCCGCCCGCACCCGUUUAAAAGAUGGACCACGGUUUACAUUGCCCUUUGCUGAAGUCCUUUCAAUCUCACUCAGCAAAAAAAUGUUCGCUCAUUCAAGUAAUACACAGAGAAAAUAGUAUAUGCCUUCGUGACGAUGCAGAAACGAAUAAAUGUUGUCUGACAUGAUGUGGCAGCGUGCUGGCGUCUCGCGAAGAACAGUGGCUGGCCUUGUGUACGAUUUACGAACGGAGGAUGUUUUAUUUGUCAAAACAAAAUAGCAAAUUUGGAGUCACUGUCGCCAGCCCGUCUCUUUCCAGUUGUUUUUACAUCCAGGUUUGAAGGGCUGAAAUGUGCUCACAACAGUCUGGUGACAUUCAACUUCCUGUGAAUUUUAGAUUUUUUUUGUUUUGGUUUUUUUGAUCUGUGAAAAGAUGUGUUUUCUUUUCACCUAAAACAAGAGCAUGUCAUCUUCGAUAUCCGACCUUCAAACGUCUCGUUUUUGUAGCCGCAUCCUCGCCAACGAUCACUGUGUCGAUGCAGUUGGAAGCGCAUCCAUCGGAAGUGGGCUUAUUUUUUAUUUUAUUUUAUUUUUUUUCCCAUUUUUACUCAAAUAAAUCCCUAAAAUGGUCACCGACGAAAAAUUGUUCACAUAGCUAGUUUCAGCCACUUUUUAAAAAUAUUUGCGAUGAGGUACGAUUUGGGGCUUUAUCGAGAUCUCUCCGGCAGGUUUUGUCAAUUUGCGCGAAAUUCGAUUCCUCGACAUCGGUAUGCCUCAUUUUUGUUUUUCCCAAGACAUCCUCUGAUUCCGUCGCUUUUAUUUCUCGUGCUCUGGCUUCCUCUCUCGGUGACGGGCAAUACCACCAUUCGCGGGAAAAGCGUUACAGUUUUGACGUCCUCGCUUGGCUGGUGUGCGACAAACGGAUUUUAGGCGAUCACUUUUCUCUUUAUUGAUUUCGAUGCCUAAGCCUCAAGGUCAAGAGAUGAUGGAAAAAAGCGCAGGCGGAAAUUGGGAAUUUAAACAUUUAGCUGAUGGGGAAAGAUGAUUUUUUUUCUAUUGAGCAUGCUUUUUGCUAAAUAAAUGAAAUAAUUCAGUUAUUUGCUACAAACGAUACUGUAUGAGUAUGUAUUCAAGUACUGCAGUAUGCAGACAAUUUAAAAAAAAAAAAAAAACUCUUUUGAGGGGUUUGUAUUUUUCUCACCGAAGCAUACCCGAUUCUUGAGUGUUACAUGAAAACAAUGAGCCUCUUUGUACGAAAGUCGGAUGAUGAUCCGUUCGUAUGAGUUUGUCGUCUGGUUGCGAGAGGAAGGCAACAAUUUCAAAAUUCUUGAGCGGCGCAGGACCGACAGCAUCAUUGGAAUUACAAAUCCACUUUUGGAUAAUAUUUUCACCUAAAACUUCUUGAACGAAGUCAAACGGGACAACAACGGCGGACCAACAGCGACGCCAGUGCGACAACAACCUUUUAAUCGAUGACGGACGACAGAAAACGACUUGGCGAUAUUUGACCCACACCGACUUCUGUUGACGCCAACAUCUUUUUAAAAAAUAUAUGUCUGACCCAGAAAAACCUUUCUGGUGACGAUUAUAAGAAAGUCGGACAAAUACUGACAAUAAAGUCAGACCAAAUGCGGACGACAACAACUCCUUUGAAUGGAAAACGAUUUCUUGAAAGACAUCUGAAGAACAGCAACCAGUUGCUGACUUCAUAGAACUUUUGCCAACGACUUCUUCAACAGUUUUGGACCCAAAACAAUUCACGACAUCUUUCACAGUGAACGGACGACAACUUGGUCAACGAUCUCGUACAGAACACAAUUUGAACUUGAACGACGUCGGACUGACAUCGACUCCUUACCGUUGACACCGAUUUCUGGUCGAAUUCCUUAACAAUGGCGGACAUAAAGCAACUUCUGACUUAUGACGUCUCAACCAGAGUCGGACAAACACCAACAAAAUGACUUUUUGAAUCAAGUCUUGACGACGGCAAUAACAACUUCUUUAACAAUGUCGGUCAGAAAACGAGUUCUAUAAGGAAUCCGAGCGAUCCGGAGCACUUGGUGUCCAAAGUGCCGUGAAAUGCGGGAAGCCCUUAAGUGUAGCAUCCGACGCGUCCCCAGCGUUGUCGCGGACCCAGCCGUCACAUAUCGCUGCGUAAAUGCGUACCUCAAGAAAGCGUUGGCAAAAGGUGUACAUUGUGACCCAACUUUUUGCUCAUUAAUGGUGUUGCUUUCGGCAAGUCUUUGCAUGACGGUUCCAAUCGGAUGUAACAAAACUGUACUUUUGCAUCUCCGUGUCCAUUUCACAAUGUAUUGUUUUUUUUUUUUUUUUUUUUUUAUUGGUCAAUUCCGAUACAUUUUUAAAAAGUGAAAACGAUGUGCCAAAAAUUUGUCAUUGCCAUGCGGUUGGACUAUAAGCACGGUCAAGUGUUUGUUUCAUUUCAAAAGUGUUUGUCUUCGUAAAACUAUAUCAAGUAAUACCCAACGCAGAUGAAGUUUUUGUAAAAAGGCAAUGAUAACGUCCAAUGGUCGUUGAUUGCGGACAAAUAAGAGCUAUUAUGUCACAACUGAAAUUGUAACUUUUGUCGCCCGCAAAAAAAAAAAACAAACAAAAAAAAAAUGACAAUGUUCACCAUUAUUCUUCUGCGAUUGUUCAUUUCUCUGAAGAGCGUGGCUUCUUUCUCAUUUCUCUGAAAAGGUGCGAAAGACCUCUCGUUGAGUCUCGCCUGCUGUGUUGAAAGCUGUGGUCCAUUGGGAUCAGCGGCACUUGAUCUUGUCUUUGUUUACACGGAAAAAAAAAAACAACAACACACCAUCUUUGCGUUACGACAAAAGGCCAAUCUUUUGUGACUGCCCUUGAAUAUCUUGUCAUUUGCAUAGUGCUGCUAGAAAGUGUAACAACUUACAAUAAAUACUUAGUAGAUUUUUUUUUUCACAAAUGUCGUGGUGUCUUUCUUGGGGUCGGGCUGGGAAAUUAUGUGUUAUGCCGCACGAGCAUGAAGUAUAUGAUUUAUUUUUUUGGGGUGAGCUCCUUAUUUUCCUAUGCAUUAUUUGUUUGCCACCGUCGAAAGAGAAGCAUCAAUUUCGAUAUUUUGUCAGUUAAUUUAUUGAGCACCUCAAAAAGAUCUUUGGGUUUCGGCAAAUACAUCAAACAAACCAAUUCUCAUGUUAAUGAGAAAAGCAA